AAGUUGGGGGGGUGUCCGCGUGCAGCGGCGUCCCACAGGGCCCUCUGGGAUGCUGUGUCUGGGACACUGCUCCUGUGGCAGAUCUGCUGCUUGCAGGCUGGGACCUGAACCCUCCGGAUGCAAGGACUUCUGCUGUCCUGGCCAGAGCCUCUUUGGAGAGGCCGUUCAUGCCACUGGACUGCCCAUCCCAGUCGGAGUGCUAGGCCGGUCGGGCGCUGGCCAGAGUCAGUGCCAGACCCUGAUGCCUAGGUGACCCUGCUCCCUUCACCUUUCUGAAACCCUGUGGCAGUCCCUUCAUGGUGGGGGCAUUAUGCCUGGCUGUGUCCCUCCUGGGGUCCAGCAUCAGGGUGCAGAACUUGGGGAGUGCUGCCCUGAGUGGCCUGGGGCUGCCCCGCCUUGCUCUCUAAGACCAGGGACAGCAGCACCUCAGGCCCAGGCUGCCCCUGAGGGCCCAGAGUUUGGGCCCUGCUGUGGAUGUGAGCAUCUGCACCCUGAGUGGUGCUGAGAGCCCUUGAAGCAUGGGAGUCGGUAGGAUGUGUGUGUGAGAGCCGUUUCUCAUGAUAGCGCCAGCCCGUGGUGUCUUCUUUCCAAUCGGUGUUGAUCCCAGACAGGUGCCCUCGGCACAUCUGGACUAGAGGACUCGCCCGUGCGCACACGGAGCUGGAUAGGGAAACGGCGUGGGUGCUGAGGGCUUGGCCUCUCCUGGGCCUCAGAGCGCGGCUUGUUCUCAGUGAGAGCAGGAUGUGUGUGGGGGCUGCGCUGCCCCAUUGGUCUGCCGCCGCCCUGUCAUCCGUCGCUCCAGGGAGAAGCAGCAGGAGGAAGGGACAGCCCCCACGGCCCCGCACAUUUGCUUCCUGUGUUCCUGCUGCUGUAGCUUGUGCACUUGCACGGCCAGUCCUUCCCGCAGCUGCCCUGCCAGCCCCAGAUGCUGGCCCUGGGCUGCAUCUUGUAUUUGCUGUGCUUCCGGCAGCAUCCUUUUGAGGAUGGAGCAAAACUUCGAAUAGUCAACGGGAAGUUCUCAAUCCCCCCUAAUGACACCCGGUAUUCCGUGUUCCACGACCUCAUCCGUGCCACGCUGAAGGUCAACCCCGAGGAGCGGCUCUCCAUCACAGAACUGGUCAACCAGCUGCAGGAGAUUGCGGCAGCCAGGAAUGUCAACCCCAAGUCUCCCAUCACUGAGCUCCUCGAGCAGAAUGGAGGCUAUGGGAACGCUGUCGUGUCCCGAGGGCCACCCCUUCCUGGGGGCUCCAGCAGUGGCGGAUACAGCGGAGGCCUGGCACUUGCCGAGUACGACCAGCCCUAUGGUGGGCUCCUGGACAUCCUGCGGGGGGGCACUGAGCGCCUCUUCACAAACAUCAAGGAUACCUCCUCCAAGGUCAUCCAGUCCGUUGCCAAUUAUGCAAAGGGAGACUUGGACAUCUCUUACAUCACAUCCAGAAUUGCUGUGAUGUCAUUCCCAGCGGAAGGCGUGGAGUCAGCUAUAAAGAAUAACAUAGAAGACGUACGGUUGUUUCUGGACUCCAAGCACCCGGGACACUAUGCAGUCUACAACCUGUCCCCGAGAACAUACCGGUCCUCUAAGUUUCAUAACCGGGUCUCCGAGUGUGGCUGGGCGGCCAGGCGGGCCCCAAACCUUCGCAGCCUGUACAGCGUUUGCAGGAACAUGCAUUCGUGGCUCCGGCAAGACCACAAGAACGUCUGCGUUGUGCACUGCAUGGACGGGAGAGCCGCGUCUGCUGUCGCUGUCUGCUCCUUCCUGUGCUUCUGCCGGCUCUUCACUACCGCGGAGGCUGCCGUGUACAUGUUCAGUAUGAAGCGCUGCCCGCCGGGCAUCUGGCCGUCCCACAAGAGGUACAUUGAGUACAUGUGUGACAUGGUGGCAGAGGAGCCCAUCACGCCCCACAGCAAGCCAAUCUUGGUGAAAGCCGUGGUCAUGACACCCGUGCCGCUGUUCAGCAAGCAGAGGAAUGGCUGCCGGCCCUUCUGCGAGGUCUAUGUGGGGGACGAGCGUGUGACCACCACAUCUCAGGAGUAUGACAAGAUGAGGGAUUUCAAAAUUGAGGAUGGCAAGGCAGUCAUCCCCCUGGGCAUAACCGUGCAAGGAGAUGUGCUUAUUAUAAUCUACCAUGCCAGGUCCACGCUGGGAGGAAGACUGCAGGCUAAGGUGGCGUCCAUGAAGAUGUUCCAGGUCCAGUUCCACACGGGCUUUGUGCCUCGGAAUGCAACGAUUGUGAAAUUUGCCAAGUAUGACCUAGAUGCGUGUGACAUUCAGGAGAAAUACCCGGAUUUAUUCCAAGUGAACCUGGAGGUGGAGGUGGAGCCCAGAGACAGGCCCAGCCGGGAGGCUCCACCCUGGGAGAGCACCAGCAUGAGGGGACUGAACCCCAAAAUCCUGUUUUCCAGCCGGGAGGAGCAGCAAGACAUUCUCUCUAAAUUUGGGAAGCCAGAGCUCCCCAGGCAGCCUGGCUCCACCGCCCAGUACGACGCUGAUGCCGGCUCUCUGGAAGCCGAGCCCACAGAGUCCGAUUCACCGCAGAGCAGCAGCACGGACAGCAGCCGCUUCCUCCACACGCUAGAUUGGCACGAGGAGAAGGACCCCGAAACGGGCCCCGAAGGUCGCUUUGCCAAGGAGAGUGCGUCAGCCCCGGCCGAGGAUGCAGCGGGCAGUGAGCCUUCUGAUGAGGAAGCAGCGACGCUCUCAGCAGAGAGCAGGGACGCAGCUGACGAGGACACACCAGGCCCGGCAGCGAGGGUGCAGGAGCGAGAGUUGAUUUUUGACGGGGUCACACCGGCCACGCCGCAGGAGCCCACGCUGCAGGAGGACAGUGUCGACCUCCUGGGGCUGAACUCCGAGGCGGGGUUGGCACCUCCCUCUCAGGCCUGUGGGGCAGCCCCCAGUACUGCCGACCUGCUCAGCUGCCUCCUGGGGGCCCCUGACACAGCUCCAGAAGUCCCCUCAGGCGAUUUGCUGGGUGGAGAGGCCCCCCUGCUCUUCGCAAGCCCGGCCCCUUCCUUGAGCGCACAGAGCCCGCCCCGGGAAGGGCAGGCUGCAGCUGCCGACCCAUUUGAUCCUCUCCUACUGCCAUCUGGUUCAGGCAGCCAGCCCUGCUCCAAGCCUGACCUCUUCGGUGAACUUCUUAAUUCGGAAUCUGCUGCCACGGCCCCCACAUCCUUCCCGUCCACCCACAGCGCCCCACCCCCAGCCUGCAGCACUGACUUCCUGCACCUGGGGGACCUACCGGCGGAGCCCGGCAAGAUGACAGCCUCGACCAGCCACCCAGAUCUGCUGGGAGGCUGGGAGGCCUGGGCCGAGGCACCGACCCCCUCGACCACUGCAGAAGGUCCCUUCUUCUCUUCAGGAGGCCAGCCUGCCGCCCCUGGGCCCCCGGCCAGCUGGACCAAGUCUCAGAGCCUGGACCCAUUUGCAGACCUCGGUGACCUCAGUUCUGGCCUCCAAGGCGCACCUGCUGGAUUUGCCCCUGGGGGUUUCGGGCCCAAAACGGUCCCCGCUCCCACCAGCAGCAGCUCCUGGCAGCAGACAAGUCGGCCCCCAGCCCAGGGCACCCCACGGCCCCCCCAGGCCAAGCCACCCCUAAAAGCCAGUGCACAGCCGAGGCCUAACUAUGCCGCCAACCUGAGUGUGAUCGGCAGCCGAGAGGAGAGGGGGGUCCGCGCCCCCAGCUUCGGUCAGAAGCCAAGAGUAUCCGAGAGCGACUUUGAGGACCUGCUGUCCGACCAGGGCUUCUCCUCCAAGGCUGACAGGAAGGGGCCGAGGACCAUGGCCGAGAUGCGGAGGCAGGAGCAGGCGCGGGACACCGACCCGCUCAAGCUGAAGCUCCUGGAGUGGACGGAGGGUAAGGAGAGGAAUAUCCGUGCACUGCUGUCCACCCUGCACACCGUGCUGUGGGAUGGUGAGAGCCGCUGGACGCCUGUGGGCAUGGCUGACCUGGUGAGCCCGGGGCAGGUGAAGAAACAUUACCGCCGGGCUGUGCUGGUGGUCCAUCCGGACAAGGCCGCAGGGCAGCCCUACGAGCAGUAUGCCAAGAUGAUCUUCAUGGAGCUGAAUGACGCAUGGGCCGAGUUCGAGAGCCAGGGCUCCCGGCCCCUCUUCUAAGCCCAUUGUGGUCGAGGCUGUGCGUGUGGCUCACGGAGCCAGAAGCUGCUGAGCUCAGCCUCCAAGGUCCUGUCCGUGGCUGUCAUGGCGUGGGCUGGUGUGGCCACCCCGGCUUGCUGUGCCCACCGUCCUCAGUGGACUGGAACAGACGCCGCUCCCCGGCAUGAGAAGAAAAAGCAUUCCAAAGCCUCUGAAUUUCCUUUUCUUUUUUGGUCCCAAAGGAAAUGUUGAUUACGCUACCCCCAUAACUGUCACGGUUUGUGAUUCAUUUCGUUUUGUCCUGUGGCCAUUGCCUCGAGGGCGCCUCUGCUUGUGGUAGAGUGCGCCGCUCAGCUCUCCCCCCGCCCCCCACAAGCCCGUGCGUGACACCCGCUAUGUGUGGUCAGCCUGGCCGCCACCUGUACAGAAUUAAACUAUUUUCUGAUGACGUUU